UGGAUGAAAAAAUUGUGAUAUAUUUAGGCAAGAGAAUACUACUCACUGAUAUUUUUAAAAAAGAAUUGGACUAUUGAUACACAAAACAACAGGGAUGAUUCUCCAAACUGUGGUACAGAGUAUAACACACCAAACACAAAAGAUUUGCUUUUAGUUCUCAUUGUGAGAUCACAAGUGGAGGCUCCAACCAGUCCAGAAGUUCCUUUCUAUGGGGAAGCUGUGGCAGCAAGGCCGUGAAGAGAGUCUGACUUAACUGCAAUGGGAGACAAGGAGAUGUGAUCAGGGAGGAGAACACAGAAGACUUCCAAGAUACCAGUAAUAUUUGAUCUGUUCUUAAAUCAGGAGGAGAUUCAGAGACGAGGUUUCACCAUGUUGACCAGGCUGAUCUCAAACAUCUGACCUCAGAUCCUGAAUAAUUUCUACUUAAAUGUCCCAAUAUCAACUCUCUAUUUUGCCAUUGACAUAAUCUUAUUUGAGAGGCAAAAAAUUUUAAAAAUUAUAUCAUCUUUUUAAUUUCUAAGCCCCAGAACAAGACAAUUGGCAGCAUUUUUUUCAUGUCAUUUUGCUACAUUCUACAUAAUGUUAAGUUGAGGUUAGGGAUUUUCAUUUGUAGAGGAAGCUCUUACAUUUAGUUUAAUGACUCAUAAUUUUUUUAAUGGAGAAGGAACAAAAUACCUCAUUGAUUUUUCUAUGAGUGGAGUUAAUACACACAGCGGAGAAAUCUCUUUGUUAAUUCUACACUCUGCCUCUGAUUGACACCUCUGCAAACAAAGAUAAAGUAGAUAAAACAUGAAUAAUUCCAGGAAACUUAUGCCCCAGAAUACAGAAUAAUUUUGCAUACAUAUGAAUAGUAGGGCAAUUCUAUCAAAUGAUUCUUUUCUAAUUCUUUAUGGAUGUACAUAAUGAAAUAUUCAGAACUACCACAACAUUUAGAAUAAGAUAGAGCCUAACAAUUUAUUGUUGAAUUAAUGAAGAUCAGUUAAUUAAUCCAUGUUUUACAUCAGCUUUCUUUGCCCUCAACCAAGAAGUCAGAGGCACCAAUGUGAGGUUCCACCUGCUUUCCAGCACAUUCUUGGUUUCCUCACUUCUGCUAGACAACGUUUGAUCAGAAGGAACAGGGAACGAGAAGGAGCUGCUGGAUGAUGAUAAGCCUGGGAAAGGGAGGCUGGGCGAGCAGAGACAGAAAAGAAACACCCACCUACUGUGACAUCACAAACACCCAGGCUGAGUUUUGAUAAGACAGGUUGAAUCACACUGGGGUGACAGCCUCAUCCCUCCAGGUACAAACAAGAACAGGCCAUGGUUAACCAAAGCUCUCCCAUGGGCUUCCUCCUUCUGGGCUUCUCUGAACACCCAGCACUGGAAAGGACUCUCUUUGUGGUUGUCUUCACUUCCUACCUCUUGACCCUGGUGGGCAACACACUCAUCAUCCUGCUGUCUGUACUGUACCCCAGGCUCCACUCUCCAAUGUACUUUUUCCUCUCUGACCUCUCCUUCUUGGACCUCUGCUUUACCACGAGUUGUGUCCCCCAGAUGCUGGUCAACCUCUGGGGCCCAAAGAAGACCAUCAGCUUCCUGGGAUGCUGUGUCCAGCUCUUCAUCUUCCUGUCCCUGGGGAUCACUGAGUGCAUCCUCCUGACAGUGAUGGCCUUUGACCGGUACGUGGCUGUCUGCCAGCCCCUCCACUAUGCCACCAUCAUCCACCCCCGCCUGUGCUGGCAGCUGGCAUCUGUGGCCUGGGUUAUGAGUCUGGUCCAAUCAAUAGUCCAGACACCACCCACCCUCCACUUGCCCUUCUGUCCCCACCAGCAGAUAGAUGACUUUUUAUGUGAGGUCUCAUCUCUGAUUCAACUCUCCUGUGGAGAUACCCCCUACAAUGAAAUCCAGUUGGCUGUGUCCAGUGUCAUCGUGGUUGUGCCCCUCAGCCUCAUCCUUGCCUCUUAUGGAGCCAUUGCCCAGGCAGUGCUGAGGAUUAACUCUGCCACAGCAUGGAGAAAGGCCUUUGGGACUUGCUCCUCCCAUCUCACUGUGGUCACCCUCUUCUACAGCUCAGUCAUUGCUGUCUACCUCCAGCCCAAAAAUCCGUAUGCCCAAGGGAGGGGCAAGUUCUUUGGUCUCUUCUAUGCAGUGGGCACUCCUUCACUUAACCCUCUCAUAUACACCCUGAGGAACAAGGAGAUAAAGCGAGCACUCAGGAGGUUACUACGGAAGGAAAGAGACUCCAGGGAAAGCUGGAGAGCUGCUUAAUAUACUUUCGAAAGUAAGAAGAGUUUCUUCAAGAUUUAUGAACAUGUUAAGUUUUCCAGACUACUACCCUUCCCACAUACACCUGAGCCACUGUGGUGGGUCACAGUGUGGCUAUGUUAUCUAUGAGAGGGAGAAUGAGAAAGAGAGGGACAGAGAGAUAAAAGAAAUUGGGUGAGAGGAGAUAGGUAGCUCCAUAAGGCACACAAAUUCAAAUAUUGUCAUUCCUAUCACUGUCCAUUCUUAAUAUUUCUAUCCUCCAUUCUGUUCUUUUUACUAUCAUCACUUCUAUAGAUUUCCUAACUCCACCAUGCCUAUUUCUGGUUAUAUAAUUGCUCUCCAAUUGUCAUGUCAGUGUAGGGGAACUACUCCAUCAUAGCAUU